CCUUGUCAUAGGUUCCACACCACUCUGUGCCUCUUACUCCAGUCUACACAUGGAUAUGCUCUAAUACCUCACCAAGCUACAGGACUAUACCAUAAUACUGGACUUGAAACCACAUGCACAUUUUGGGAUAAGACUGGGCGUGGCUGGCCAGUAACACGGGAUGAGCGACGGAAGUGCCCAGGUUAACGGGCCAACCAGCCCCACGGGGAAGUACAUAGACACAAUAGAUCCGGAGGACCCGGAGUAUCAGCGACAGAUGCGGCGGCCGGCAGAGGUGAAGGAGGACGUGAAGCAGAUGGAGAACCGCAGCCGAGUCUCCGUUAUCCUCAACAGCCAGGCGUUUCGGGAGGAGCUGGAGCAGAUUGUGGAGGAGCAGCUUGCCUCAGGGUCGCAUCCUGCAUCGCUCAUUGCCCUGCAACAGAUCUCCGACCUUCUCCUCCCUCACACGCGAUCUAACUUAGGAUCCAUGGCCAAAGGGGCCUCACCAGUCAUUCCAGUAAAUGAUAUCCGAGGGGUGGAUUCACUGAACUACAGUAAGGGGGAGAAGGUCCUGCGAUGUAAGCUGGCAUCUUUAUACAGACUCGUUGAUAUGAAUGGCUGGACACAUGGAAUCUACAACCACAUUAGCGUGCGUGUAAGUCAGGAAUCGGAGCAUUUCCUGCUCAACCCAUUUGGUUUGCUGUACCCUGAGGUGACGGCCUCAACACUCGUCAAGGUAGACAUGAAAGGUAAUCUCGUAGACCCAGGAUCCACGACCUUCGGUGUCAACAAAGCUGGCUUCGUUCUACACUCGGCCAUCCACCAGGCCCGCCCGGACAUCAAGUGCAUCAUUCAUCUUCACACACCCAAUGUUGUUGCAGUAUCUGCAAUGCAGUCUGGAUUACUUCCCCUGUCACAGGAGUCCCUUAUUUGUGGGAGCAUCAGUACUCACGACUACACUGGAAUACUGGUAGACCAAGAAGAGCGAGACAAACUUGCUCGCAAUCUCGGGCCCACAAAUAAGGUGAUGCUGUUACGGAACCAUGGAAUGGUUGCCUGUGGGGAAACUAUGGAGGAGGCGUAUCAUUACGCAUUCAAUUUGGUCGCUGCCUGUGAUACCCAAAUGAGAGCAGUACCAGCAGGUUUAGACAACCUGAUCCUGGUCGAUGACGAGACACGGCAAGAGACAUUCAGGGUGGCUAGCAUGGGUGGAGGUGGGGUGGACAUCACUGGACGCAGAUGGAAGACAGGAGAGUUGGAGUUUGAGGCCCUCAUGAGGCAGUUAGAUAAUGCAGGGUACCGCACGGGCCAUGUUUACAAGAUGCCUAUCCUGAAGCAGGAGAAGAAGGAGAGGUCCAACAGUGAUGUGGAGGUUCCCCCAGCCUCCAGCUCCUUCACAUAUGUGUUUGAUGGCGACAUCGAACAUUCAAAAUAUGCGUCUCCCUUGAAGUCUGCCUUGGAGAGACAGAAACAGGCCUAUAAGGCUGGCUGGCUCACGUCCCCCAACACAUACAAGAGACAAGAGCUGGAAGAGAUUGGUACAACUAACCCCAAGAAAUACACCAAGUGGGUUCCAGAUGGGACAGAUUCGCCCUCCAAAACCAGCACCCCUAUCAAGGUGGACGGCCCAAACCAGUUUGCACCACAGGGAGAAAACCCAAAAGAAUUUAAACUAAAACAGAAACAGAUCCGAAAAGACUACUAUGAGGACAAGGUAACAGCCGGACCCCAGUCCAGAGUCUUAGAAGGAAUGUCAUUUGAUGAAGCACAGAAAAUGAAACAGGAUGGGAACCUAAGCAAUGCCUCGGACCACGUGAUCGUUGUUGGAGCAGCAUCUAAGGGCAUAAUCCAGCGCGACCACCAGCACAAUGCUGUCGUGUACAGGUCAUACUACGCAGCCAACCCCUUCGAGAACAUGACAGAGAAGGAGCUGGAGGAAUACCAGAAGGGGCUCAACAAGCAGGAAGGUGAGGACCUAAGUCCAGGUCCUGAUGGCCGCCUCAUCUCCUCAGAAGAGCGUAUGCAACAGCUCAACUCCACAUCUGCAGAAGAGUCGGGCAUUGCGCCACUGCCUGAGGAAACUAACCUUGAUGAGAGUGUGAAUGGCCAGCCAGAGUCGCUGCCAUCCAACAAUGAAUCAGUACCACCAGUUCCACCCAAAAAGGGGAGACCUGGAGGUGGGCUUCUGGCGGGCGAUUACCUGUAUCCCCCUCAGCAUGGCCAAUCAGUGAUUCGAGAACUUGAGAAGAAGAAUCUGGAGCGAUCAAAAUCUGACAAACAGCCUCGAGAUGGUGGUGAAAGUGAGAAACCAAGCUCCCCUGCCAAGUCGGACACACUGAGGUCGACAGACAGUGCCAGCGGAGGUGACACACUAGAGGAACGCAGUAGCAAGGAGGGCUCCCCAACCAAGGAACAGCCUUCUCCCAAGAAGGAGAAAAAGAAGAAGAAGUUUCGCAUGCCAUCCUUCUCCAAGAAGAAGAACAAGGAGAGCAAGGAAAGUGCAAUCUGAGCGUUCCCCGAUCAAUGAUGUCAUCGGCAGCAAACUAUGUUCUCACUAGCUACACGACUCACUCCAUCUUCCCCUUUCAGGGGCGCUUUGAGCAGUCCGUCUGCCACUUGAACAUUUGCUUUGUUGGGGACAUGCUGCAGCGUUGAUCGGAGGAGGAGGAGGCGGCGAAACUUUGUUUCAUUUAGCUUUUAUACACGAAAGAGAGAAGGAAGGGAGGCAACUCUUGGUUUAUUGCUUGUUACUGUCGUAGUCACAGUCUAUGCAUUUUCUCGCCACUCAUUUCAUCCUUGUACCAAUGAGAGAAGACUGCAAGAUCAGUGCUGCCAUUUGUGACAUUUGAGGCCAUGUGUCCAGCUUACCAUGUACCCUGCUAGGUUAGUGAACGAGGAGGAGGAGGAGCUUGGACAUCUGGCUGGUUUUAUCACCGUCAUUUUUACGACAAUAUUGUCCAGGAGGCUACAUUACAGAUAAUUGUUGUCAUGGAAAUUGUGCUUCCUGAGGGAUAAUUAGACAGUUUUUCUUCUGUUGUUAUUUUGCAUUUUAGUCACUUUUAAUCAUAUGUUUCUUGAAAUAUAUAUUAGCACAUGUAUCACAAUAUUGCAUUUAUGUGCAACUGUUUCAUGUUCAUCCAACAAGUAUUCGUACCAUCAUUCAGAUACUGGCUCCUCCAACAAUAGUGCUGUCCUUCCUGACUGCUCUCAUCUCAUGGAGACAGCUGUUCCAACAAGGCAGAGUCUGUUUGAGUGUGCUGCACUGAUAGUGUCACUGCCCUCUUGAUGUAGUAUUACCAUGGCAACUCCCAGACAUCUGCCCUGUCCUAUACAAAAGCAUUACACCACAUAUUGCAGUGUUUUACAGCUAUCUAGUUCUGUCGUAGUGGAGGUUGCAUAGACUAGGGGCAGAUAACUCUUUGCUUCCACUUCAUUGAUUUCAUGUCACAGUUUGCUGCUGAAAACAUUUGAAUAACCUAAUAAGUAUAUUCAGGGGACCUCGCUUUCUAUUUACAAACUUUAGAAACAUUUCAUGUUACCACAAUAUUUGAUGAAUUGGAAACCAUGUCAAGACUUGCUUGAGAAUUUCACCGAUGUUUGUUGAUACGUUUUGGACUUGGGUAGCAGAGCAUGAAAUGUCAGGGAUUGGGGAUUUUGGUGUCAGGGGAGGUUACUCUGCUGUUUCCGUUCUGGAUGUGUGUAUCGAUGUCAACAGUCCUGUGUAACUUAUAUACCAGAUAUGGAUCCGUACGUGACCUUGCUGUGAGGCUUGACACGAAGACGUGUACAAUUUUGUAUUGUUUGUGAUGUGUACAGUUGUGUCUCCACUCCUGUAAGGCUGUGUUUCCUUUCUCUCUCUCGACAUUGUUGCUGGAUGCUUGAUGUUGGUACCAUUGGGGCUGGGCAUCUACCUUCCGCAAAUAAGGCCACAGGACAAGUUGCAUAACAUUGAGGAUAAAUUAUGCAAACCACUGACGUUGAUAUAUCAUUUAAGAUUUGGAACAGAUGGGGGAAAAACGAAGUUCAAAAGAAUAUAUUUGAGAAAGGUGUAUAACCAGCUCUAAUAAUAAAUUGGAUAUAGCAUCAUCUGAGCAUAAAAUUGGUUGGUUCUAAUGUGAGUUGCCCAGCUAUGACAGUAUCCUGUUCUAUAAUAGGCUUGCAGUUGUCAGCCUAUUUCUCUUUGUGUUAGUUGUAGUUCUCAUUUGUAAAUAAGUGUAAAAUCAUACAUCAACAAGUGACCAGAAUUGCUUUUUAACCUUGUUUUGUACCCAUGCAUGAGCUGAUAAAUCGUAGAAAUUACCAUGGUGACAUAGCUUAGUAGAAUCUUAUGUACAUUUGAUUGUAUAAUUGAAAGAGAUAUGAUGGCCUUACUUAACCAUGGAAUUGAGGCUUUUUCUAUUUUAUGAUUGUCAAGUUUUAAGCAUCAUUUGUGUUUUUAUAAUUCUGUUACGUCCAUAUUCUAGAGUUAGCGGCAUGGUUGUGUUUCAACCAGCUCGGGGCAGAAAUAUUAAACCUGUAAAUAACUUGGUGCCAACCCUAGUGAGCAUAGUGCUAGAUGUUCCACUAGAGUCCGUUUAGCUGCCUGUGGCAAGGUGUCGCUAGGACGAGGUGGAAGGGUUGAUGUUUUAUGCUGCUAGGAGUAGGUAUCGGAGGAAUCACUUGAAGACUGUACAGUGUAAAUUUGACCAAUCAUGUAAGCUUUUGUUUUGUUAUGAAUGCCAUUUUGUUUUCCUGGCAAGUGUUAUGUAGCAGCGAUGGAAGCAAUCGGUUGUAAACCGCUUCCUGUCCUAAAUGAAGAGUUCUCUCCCUUUACAGGUAUUCACUUGUGGCCCUCUGUUCGCAAUUUGAAAUACUUUUCUAUCAUUUCAUUCACAAUUGUGAACUGGCAAUGAUAGGGAAACAUUCCCAACAACGUUGUCAUGGGCGUUUUGUCAUGGCAAGAUGUGAACAGAGGCUGUGAGAGGUAGCUGGCUAAAGGGAAGUCACAAAGCUUGCUGAGAAGGCACGAGCUGAAUGAUAUAGUUAGUCUUCACAUGAAAAAUACAAGCAACCGUUGAUCAGUUUAUGUGAAUUGUUAAAAUGUCAUGAAUAUAUCCUGCCUGUGCCCUCCCCUGGUAUUUAAGCGACUGUUCGUAUGCUGAUCAGAAUGCUUUGUUGACUUUAGAUGGUGCAAUUUUUACAUGAGAAAUGUUUUAGGAACAAUUUUAAGUAUUUUAUUUGCUGACACUAAGUGGUUGUGAAGUUUACCAGUGGAUACUGUGUUCAAGUAGGAUUACAUGCUUUUUACAAUUCUAGUUGUUUCUCAACAAUAAUAACCAAUACUUAUUGUGUAGUUCACCUGUUGCGACACAUUGCUUCUUAGUGACUGUUCCUAGACCGUUUCCUCUGCCACGGUCACAGAUGCUGAUGACACAAGACGCUAGUGUCUGUCCACUCAUCUUUUUGUUAUGAACAGCUUGUAGUAACCCUGUACUGCUGUGGCAAUAAACAUGGUAAAAGUGA